UAUUGUGAAAAUUAUUUUAAAUUAUUCAUAGUUCAAUUUUAUUACUAUUAAAUUAAAUUAGAUAAUAUUAUUUCUCUAAAGAUUUUAAAUUAAUUAUAUCACUAUGAAAUUAUACAAUUAUCAAUAAAGUAUUAUCUUAGCUUUUUUUAGACUUUGUAAUUCAAAUUAAAAUAUAGGUAUAAUAUGUCUGAGGAAGAUAUAGAAAAGUGGUCCAAAGAUGGCCCAAGUAAAGAUUUACAUAUGUCACCAAGCUGCUCCAGUUUUGAAGUGUUAGAUCCUCAUGAUCCUGUUAUUAGCAGGCUGGCUACCCAGCUCUUCAGGAAAACCAAUGAUUACCUACAAGCUGAAAUGGCUUCGGGCCAGGGUCUCUACAACUUGCUGGAGGAAAUGAAUAGGCUUACAAUUACCAAAUAUGCUGACCUUAGAAACUUUGCAGUUACGCUGAAUAAAACUCUCAAUGAAUAUAAUGAUAUGUAUAAUCAAGUGAUAAAACCAUUGCUGCUUCAAAUUGAUCAGAUUGAUGCACAAGUAUCCCGCUUUGAAGUGAAUGCCUACAGACUGGAUGCUUACACGAAGCAACUGAAAGCUGCGUUUAAAGAGCUAGAAGAGAAGUAACUAUUUACUAUGACAAGAUAUUCUAUAUACAUUUAUACCCGCAGCAGACAAAUACAAGAAUGUGAAUAUAUAUAAUAUUCACGCCUAUAUUCUAAUUAUGUAUUUAAUACUUAUAUAUGUAUUUGUAGGAUAUAUUCUAUAAAAUUAGUGUUAAAUGUAAAUUCAAAAAUUAAUAAUUGAUGAAUAUCAAAAUAAUUAAUACUCUGUGAAUAUAGAGGAUAUAAAAUAGUCUCAAUGCAGGAAAUUCAAUUUUAAAUAUUAAUGAAACUGUUCUAAUGCCUCCAAGUAUAGUAUAUAGUAUUUACUAUUCUAAAGUUCAGUCAAGGCAAACCAGAAUAAAUUUUAUAACAUAUAUAAAGUAGUUUAAGAUUUUAUACAAUACAGAAUAUCUCAAUAAGUUGCAACAGAGAGCAAUAUUAUCUCCAUUGCAACUUAUUCAGAUGUUCAUACAUAGACGAGAUGAGCUCCUCUCAGAUGUAUAUGUGUAUGUUAAUAUUUUAUUUAUUUUGAGGUCAAAUAUUACUUCUAUUGCUUUUUGUAAGCAAUAUUUUAUUUUUAUACCUUGCGUUACUCUCAUAACUUAUGUCUAUGUAUUACACAUCUGCAUGAACAUGUGUACAUAUGACAUCCUGCAAAACCCGCGUCUAUCAAUUGUGUUAGUUAGAACACGCGAACAUCAAUUUUUUUUUUAAACAGAUUGGAAUAUAUUGUAACUAAACAUUAAAUCAGUGUUUAAUACAAUACUGAAAUUACAACAUAAAUUGGUUCAGUUGUUUCUGAGAUAACACUAACGCACUAUCAUACAAACAAAAAUUCUUACAAUUUUACUUUUAGAUUCUAUUAUAUUGAUAAAGUAACCCAAUAAUAGUUUUUCUCAACUAAUCUUCAGAUUAAUUUUUUAUUAUAUGUAUACACUGA